AUGACAGGACCUGGAGAUCCAGAUCCAGGAGGCGGAUCGACGCAAACGAAGGAAAACGGAAGACAAUGGCAGACUUAUGAAUACGAGAGCAUCGACAAAGGACCGUACAGAUUAAUUGUGCAGCUAACAGAGCGAACUGAAAAUGUUGUAAUAAACAAGCUCACCGUGGGAAAAAUUCUGUCACAGAAUAAUGAAUACAAGGAAAAUAUCCUCAACCUUAAAUCGAUGGGAAGAAACAAAGUGCUUGUAAUCGUAAAAAAUGCAUAUACAGCAAACCACAUGCAAGCUAACCAAGAAAUUUGGAAACAAAAGUACAAAGCGUAUAUCCCGAAGCAUUUUCUCACUGUUUCUGGCGUUAUAACCAGCGUACCAGUAGAGAUGUCAUCAGAAGAAAUUAUGGAUAACAUAACCUGUACUGUACCCAUCCUAAGCGUAACUCGACUUCAUAAGUUCGAGAACGAGCAAAAAAUCCCUACGACACGGAUUGGGGUGACUUUCCGUAGCAAUCAGCUGCCCACGGAAGUCCGCAUGUUCUGCUGCACAAACAAAGUUAAACCUUUUGUCAGUAAAGUCAUCUUCUGCCAAAAAUGCUUGAGAUACAACCAUCGCACAAAUAACUGUCGUUCUCAACAAAGAUGUGACACAUGCGGUAAUAAGCACGACGAGGAAGGAUAUAAACAAUGCAACAGACCAGAAUGGUGUGUACACUGCAGAAACGAAGGACACAAGUCGGGCGUUAUAGAAUGCCCCGAACGAACACGGCAAAACAAUCUUAAAAUCAUCCUGUCAAAAAGCAACCUAACGUCUCUGGAGGCGCAGGAGCAGUACCCAAUAUACACCCAAAACAGUUUCAACCUACUUGGAAAUAUCGAAGAUUACCCAACGCUAAUGAGCUCAUAUGCUAAAACAUCGGAGAAUAUGAUUCCCACCAACCGUCACAAACCAAGAGAGCAGACGAAACAAAAUCCAAAACGUUCCUCUGAAGAAACAUCAAACACAAUCAACAUUAAUCAUACCGAGUUGCGUAGCGACAAGAAACGCAAAACAGGAAGCGGACAGGUAACAAACGGAAGAGCGCUUUUCAACCCAUACAAGACGAAUGACGCAGAGAAGCUACAGUGGAAACUAGGGCAAAUGAGCAGAGUAAAACCAAGAAACAACCCAGAUGUACCGGAUAGCAAGAUAUGGAACAUGGAUUGCACCAGCGACGAAGAGGAUAACAGCACCUUCAGUCUAACGGGCUACAAAGAAGCAGAACUAUCACAGGCAAACCAGUCGGCAAAGAGCGACGGGAUGCAAAGAUUUAAUUACUCCAAAACGAACGAAAAGAAUGUCAUGUAA